AUGAAGAGGAAUUUGACCUCUGCAUUUUCCACGCGGGCUUUGCUUGAGCAAGAGAGCAUUGUCGAUCGCUGUGUCAACGACUUCGUCACUACGAUUGGAUCUGCAGAGGGGUCACAGAUGAAGGGGCUCAAUAUGACGAAGUGGUACGAAAUGAUCUCCUUUGACAUUCUGGGUGAAAUGGCCUUUGGAGAGUCGUUCCAUGCAGUUGAAAGUAAACCGCAUUUCUGGUCAGAGCUUAUAGUCAGCCAUCUGUACUUCAUCACGGUUCUUGAUAACCUGCGACGAUAUCCCUCGUUCGUCACCAUGGGAAAGUUCCUCCUGCCAUUUGCUACCACCUCGGUCCGAGACAAGCAUUCUGGUUACACUAGGGAGAAGGUGAACCAUCGCCUUGCUGCCAAGUCUCCUCGGAAAGAUUUCAUGACGACAUUGACUAGCAAGGUAUCCACAGGCGAGAUCAGCAAAGAAGAGAUGACUGCUCACGCUUCGACUCUUGUCAUUGCUGGAGGCGAGACAACCUCGACAUUUCUUGCGGCUACGACCUAUUACCUGCUUACAACUCCGAAGGCUUACCGUGCCCUCCAACGGGAGAUCCGAGAUGCAUUUUCUACUUACGAAGAGAUCGAUGCAAGUUCAGCCCAAAAGCUACCAUACCUGCAGGCAGUCAUUUCGGAAGGACUCAGAAUGUAUGCUCCGGGAUCUCAAGGCUUUCCUCGUGUGUCGGCAGGUGUGGAGAUUGAUGGCCAUUGGGUUCCACCAGGGGCGGAGAUGUACACAAGCGCUUGGACGGUCACUCACGACUCGCAAUACUUCAAGGACCCAUUUUUAUUCAAUCCCGAGCGUUGGAUCGAUGAAGAUAGCACAGACGUGAAAGAAGCCAGUCAACCAUUUUCUCUGGGACCGAGAGGCUGCCUAGGGCGAAACUUUGCAUAUAUGGAGAUGAAUCUCAUACUCGCGAAAUUGCACUGGACGUAUGAUUUCGAGCUGGUUGACAAGAGUCUGGAUUGGGAGGGGAGUAGUCACUUGCACGUUAUGUGGUGGAAGCCAGAUCUUUGGGUGAAAGUGCUACCUAGAACAGAAAUACUGGAACCAUAUGGACCUAAUGUGGCCACGGCAGAGGGAAAGACAUAUCAAUUUCAUGUACGAAUCACGGCACCGCCCUUCGGAGACAUGAGUGGUGCAAAUGACCUCGUCUUCGCGGAGACUAUGACUCAGACUGAGCGACUCAUGCAAUCGUGGUCGAGUAAGCCGUCUGAUGAGCUUCAGUUCGACGUCAACGGCCUCACCCUGGCGGUUAUAUCCAUGGCAGGGUUCGGGAAGCGUCUGGACUGGACAUCCAACCAAGAUGAUACUUCAAACAUACCUUCUGGCUACGAUAUGAGCUUCUUGAGAGCCAUAAGCGACACGACGGGCUACAUGACAGCUAUCCUGUUGCUGCCAAAGUGGUUGCUACGCCUCACACCAUUGAAGUGUGCAGCCGUGGCGCACGAGAACCUCGAUCGGUACAUGCGAGCAAUGAUUCGGGCGGAGCGGGAAAGAAUCCUUUCUGAUAAUGCAUACGAGUCUGUUUCGGCUCGCGGCAAUCUACUGACGUCGAUUCUCAAGGCCUCAGCCCUGGAGGCGGCCGAGAAUGCAAGGAAGGAUUCCUCAGCUCGUAAAGAAGCUUUUACCGAGGAUGAAGUUAUGGGCAACUUGUUCAUCUACCUGCUCGCAGGGUAUGAAACGACAGCAAACGCUAUAUUGUACGGCCUGAUAGUGCUAGCGGUAAGGCCAGGCAUACAAGCCAAAUGCAUCGCUGAGGUGGACCGCAUCUAUGCCGAGGCCGCCAGUCAGUCCAGAUCCACGUUGACGUACGCAGAGGACUUCGACAAACUAGAGUACCUCUACGGGUUCAUGUACGAGACGUUCCGAUUGUAUCCUGGAGUCAUCAUGAUCACCAAGAUGGUCAAGAAAGACACUGUCGUGACAGUCCCUGGCGACGGCUCUAAGCAACAACCACGAAGCAUAGUACUACCACGCGAAUGCCGCGUCUACCUUAAUUCUCCGGCAACACAGUACUCCGAGGCUUACUGGCCUGACCCUGAGACGCUUGACCCUCAUCGUUGGGACAGAGUUGCGCGGCCUGAUGGCUCGUCCGAGAAAGAGGGCAAGCAUAACGUUGUUGCGGCGGACAAGACACGUCAAAUGCGUGGUACGUUUCUCACUUUCUCAGACGGGUCACGAGCUUGCCUUGGCCGGAAGUUUGCUCAGGCUGAGUAUAUCGCGUUUCUUGCAACUCUUCUUCGGGAGUACGAAGUUGCGCUUGGUGAUGAGAUGGAUCGAGAUCUCGCGGAGAAGGACCUAAAUUUGCGCUGUGCGGGCAAGGUCACACUGGCUCCAAAUGACCACUUCAAACUCAAGUUAGUCAAACGUCAUUGA